GACAGACACAGAGACAGAGACAGAGACAGAGACAGAGAGGCAGACAGACAGAGAGACAAAGAGACACAGAGAGACAAGGACAGAAAGGCAUUUCUUCCUUAAGACGACACCAGAGGACCAGAGGACCCCAGCAUGUCUCUACCACUGCCUCCAUGCGUGAUUGACUGCGGGACCGGCUACACCAAGAUCGGCUACGCAGGAAACACAGAGCCACAGUUCAUCCUGCCCUCCUGUAAGAGCUCCGCCCCUCGGCAACAACACAACAACAACAACAACGACAACAUAAACAACAGCAAGACUGAAAAAACGAUAACCAACAGCAGUGACCACAGUAAACGGUUUUGGACCAAUCAGAGCUUCUGGCCUCAGACUCUGUGCAUCGCCAUCAAGGAGUCGGCCGGCGUUGGAGAUCAGGCCCAGAGGAGGCUGGUACGAGGAGUCGACGACCUGGACUUCUACAUCGGAGACGAAGCCACAGACAAACCCAACUAUGCAACCAAGUGGCCUAUCCGUCAUGGGAUGGUAGAAGACUGGGAUCUGAUGGAGAAGUUCAUGGAGCAAAUCAUCUUCAAGUAUCUGAGAGCUGAACCUGAAGACCACAGCUUCCUCAUGACAGAACCUCCUCUCAACACUCCAGAGAACAGAGAGUACCUGGCUGAGAUCAUGUUUGAGACCUUCAACAUCCCCGGACUCUACAUCGCAGUACAGGCUGUUCUGGCGUUGGCCGCGUCCUGGACGUCCCGCCAGGUGGGACAGAGGACUCUGACCGGCGUCGUCAUCGACAGCGGAGAUGGAGUGACGCAUGUCAUCCCUGUGGCUGAGGGCUACGUGAUUGGCAGCUGUAUAAGACACACCCCCAUCGCAGGGCGUGACGUCACCUUCUUCAUCCAACAGCUGCUCAGAGAGCGAGAGGUCGGGAUUCCCCCGGAGCAGUCGCUGGAGACGGCCAAGGCCAUCAAGGAGCGCUACUGUUACAUGUGUCCUGACAUUGUGAAGGAGUUCUCCAAGUACGACUCAGAGCCGGGUCGGUGGAUCAAACGCUACCAAGGAGUAGACGCCAUCAGUCAGAGCUCGUUCCAGAUCGACGUGGGAUACGAGCGUUUCCUGGGCCCAGAGAUCUUCUUCCACCCCGAGUUUGCUAACCCGGACUUCAUGCAGCCCAUCUCUGACGUGGUCGAUGAGGUCAUUCAGAGCUGUCCAAUCGAUGUGAGGAGGCCCCUCUACAAGAAUAUCGUGCUCUCGGGGGGUUCCACCAUGUUCAGAGACUUCGGCCGGAGGCUGCAGAGAGACGUGAAGCGAGCGGUGGACGCCCGGCUGAGGCUGAGCGAGGAGCUGAGUGGAGGACGGAUAAAGCCAACACCAAUGGAGGUUCAGGUCAUCACCCAUCACAUGCAGCGUUACGCUGUCUGGUUUGGAGGCUCCAUGCUGGCAUCCACGCAAGAGUUCUUGCAGGUGUGUCACUCAAAGAAAGACUACGACGAGAUCGGCCCGAGCAUCUGUCGACACAACCCCGCCUUUGGCAUCAUGUCCUGAUGGAAGGAAGACAUGCACAAAGCUAGUCCAUUAGCCUCUUAGUCUGUUAGCCUGUUA